AUGGAACUCCUAGUACAGGACGAAAGCGUUCGCCCAGGCCAACCGAUUCACACCAUAGCAACAACGGCCGACCGGCACCGGAGCGUCGAACAACCACAGCCACAAUCAACAACCAAAACCCGCCGCUCACACACGAAAUCUCGCGGCGGCUGCCUUUUCUGCAAAGCACGACGGAUCAAAUGCGGCGAAGAGAAACCCGCCUGUCAGAACUGCACGACGAGAUCGCGGGCGAAGACCUGCGAAUAUCCAUCGCCAAUAAUCAACCUCCACCACCGCGGUCCCCCUCGGACCCCUGUCCCUGACUCUCUUCAUGUCCCUGGGACUCCUACUCCUCCUCUACGCGCCUCGAUUUCCGCCGUGACAGACACUUUCACGCUUCGCGACUUACGUCUCUUCCACCACUUCCUUAGCUGCGCAUAUCCGUCACUACCCUUGGGCAACCAAUCAAUAUGGACCCACGAUAUUCCCCAGCUAAUCUUCUCGCACGACUACCUCAUGUACGCUCUACUAGCGCUGGGCGCUUCGCACCUACACACUUUAACCGCACCUACACAAGCACAUGACCAGCAUAACCAAACCGAUACGCACAAAGCACUGGCACAUAGAGGCCAUGCCAUCUCAGGACUGAAGAGGGCGUUCGAAAAGCAAGCCACGCAAGCUCAGCAGUCCCAUUCAAACGCGGAAUACGAUGCCAUGCUAGCGACCUGCUAUGUCCUGGCAUUUGAAUCCGCUCUCGUACCCAAUGGAAGGCUCGACUUCGCCACUUUUGUGCGAGGCUGCGCCAUCGUUACCGAAAAGAUCCAGGACCGGGGACGCGAGUCGAUAUUCAAGCUACCCCGAGACCUCUGCCAAUGUCCGGCGAAGACUGACGAAUCCACGGACAUCCUGACUACCUUCAACAUAGACCCUCGAUCGAGCCUCAACCAACUCCUAGAGGACGGAAUGACUGCCCUUGCCCCCCUCCAGGCUGAUAUAGCCCCCUACGAAGCGGAGAGAAACUUCUAUCUCGCAAUCUAUUCAACCUUCACGGCGCUGCAAAACUCCCCAAGUGCAGGCUAUACCCGAUUUCUCAGUUUCUAUGCCGUCUGGUUCAAACUUGCCGAUGACACAUUGUGUUUCACGCAAGAGCUGAUCAGUAGUGUCACUGCGCAGUUACUGUGGGCAUUCUUUCUCGGUUUACAACUCUUCAUUACACUGAUGGUCGAGGAGUCAGCUACUAGUAUUACAAAAGAUAACCCUGGGACGAUGCGGAAAGACGGAACGGUUGAGGAGUCAACCACAAAAGAUUACCUUGGGACAAAGAGGCGGCAAGACGAAGAAGUCAUGAUUAGGAGGCUGACAAAAAUGAUCGAAUGGCUAGACGCCCUCUCCCAAAACAUGCCUCCUGCCAUGUGUUAUCAUCUGCAGUGGUCAAAACGUAUGGCGAAGGCUUGCGAACGUCGAUUCAAGUUGGUCAGUCCAUCUCCGGCCAAAGUCCAUCAGAAGCUGGUGACCCUCGAACACCUCGACGUUCGUGGACAUAUCGUGAUCGGCAGCAUUCUCGACCUCUCAGCAAGCUUGUCGAAUUGGACCGAAGGAUUACUUGCACCUGACGGGACUCUCCGCGGAAUGCACGAGCGAGUGAUCCAAACUGCAAAUCCCAGCUCCGCAGUAGAACACGUAGAAUAG